CCUUGGCACAGAUUGCGCAGCCACACAGCCAUGGCGGCCAACCCCAAAAUCCGAAGGAUGUAUGUGGAUUCCCGCGAUGGGAAAGAACUUUCGUGGGAAUUUUUGCAGAGGCAUGUAGCGAGACGUUUGUACAUAUUGGCGAAAGAUGGAGGUGAACAACCCAGUAAUAUAAAAAACUGGAACAAACACGUCAAGGAAAAGUGGCUCUUAGGGGCCAGAGCGAGGAAGAUUUGGCAGCAGUUGGCUGUGAAGCAUGUGCCAGUGAUUCACGAAUACGGUGAAGGGGGGAUGCCCUUUCUGGCGCAGGUUGAGGAGGUUUGCAAAGCUUUAGACGUUGAGAGACACCAAGAUGAAGACCUAAAAUUGGUCGAACACAUUGUCCAGCACAGUCCAAAGCGCCCAAAAAUGAUGGGCCCACAAAAUGAUGAAUGGGUGUUUCCCGAAAAGGAAGAAGUGGAAAUGGUAAGGCUCAGAAAGAUUCCAAAGUCCUCCUUUGACCAGCCCGUCCAGUGGUCUGCAAACUAUUUCACGCAACAAAUCCUAGAAGACGAAAUGUUGAGACAGAUGGAAUUCGUGGACGUCGAAGAUGGCAAGGAGGCUGAAGAUUCUGAGGUGAACCCACUAGUGAGGCCACUGGACAACAGUGAGAAACUUCAGGACGCGGCCUACGUAUCUCCCUCAGAUGAACCAGUGAUACACUUGGUCCGGUUCCUCCGACUGCAAUCAGCCCACGAUGCGUGGCAUUUGCGAGAAGUGCAGGAAACCGUGUGCACCGCGCUUGGCAUCCCUCUUUUGCGCAGCUCAGUGCGAGAAGAGACGUUCCCUGAAGAUCAGGGCACACCAAUUUGGGCUCGUGCUGGAGGAAGGCUUUAUCGAUCGGCCUGCAGGCAUUGCGUCACAUCGCGGCCUGAACAGGUGUUUGAGCAUGCUUUCGACGCGAUCCCAAUAGGACAGAUAGAGAACAAUGAAUUCAGCCAAAUUUUGCAACUCUGGCCGGUAUAUUGUACCUUCAGGCUUCAGGGUGAGCGACCGAUGGACACUGUCCAGUGGCUCGCAUUUGGAGAUGAUGAAAAACCCAUUGCCACUCGAGAGGCGGAAGACCGCGAAAGCUGUGUCUCCGCACUGCUCGGCCUGGUGCCAGGACCUUGCCUGGCGGAAUCACACUGGCACCUGUUUGUGGCCAGGCUGUUGCUGAGUGUCCACAACGACCUGCAGCUCUUUAGUCAAGUGCAGCUCCCAUUCUGUGCUCAUGACGCGCGGAAGGACACUGCACUCAGAUGCUACACACAGGAGAUGCCUCAAUGUACAGCAUCCCAACCACCACAUCCUCAGGACCUUUGGGAAUCAACAAAGCGCUUUUUGACGAUCUCGCUUCAAGCUCACGGUCGAGAAGGAGAAGUGGAUGGAAUGGUGGCCCAGUUGCGCCAGCAGUCGGAAGGAAUCGUGGACGUUGCUCCGGAGUUGUGGAAGAUUCUUUUCUCAGGGAAUACUCCAGAAGCUCGUUGGGGAGGCUUGUGCAGGUUGCUCGAACGGUGUGAGAACCUUGAGGCCAAUGUCCACGAGUCAGUUCUAGCAGCUUUGCUUGCAGGGUAUCCGAAGCAGUUCAAUUUGAACGACAGAGUGGCCUUGCCUUUUUCGCCAAAAGAAGUCCCUGCGCUGCAGGCUGCCCUGCAGUUCUUAUUGCUGCUGAAGGAAGAGCCCUCAGAAAGCGAACUGGCGCGUUUUCUUGCUCAACUGCGGAAAAGGGCCGUGGGCCGACACUUGAGAAAGAUCAAUCCGCAGUUCCUUGGCAAAGAAGAACUGCCCAACAUGCGUCGAUUUGGAGCCCUUGUGAUUGACUUCAUGGCCUGGUGGAAAUACCUUCAGGAGCACGAAAGCACGCACGAAGGCCCAUUGGAAACGUUCUUCCGGAACCGCGGGCAAAUCUGGAAGCAGUUCAUGGAACAACACCUUCCCAAACCAUGGGAGAACACUUACAAAACACCACGGCUUCGAAAGCCUCUUUCGCAUUCCCAGGUUGAGUACCUCAGAGCAUACUUGCUCAAGAUUGAGUGGCCAGACAUAUACACGAUGCAGAGACUACAGCGACACGUGUCCCUCCGUACCCAGGCUUCCUUUUAUGACUGGAGAAAAACCGAACUUCCACAGCUUAAGAGAACCACAAAAGCUUCACCUCGGGUGCGUCGCCCACGCGUCCAUCGGCGGCUGCACCGCCUUUGGGCGGCGUCUAGACACAAGGCUGCCCGCCGGAAUAUUUGCCGGCCUGCUCCACCCAAUCCCUAUGCACCUCGAGCUGCGCAACCUUCUGCCAGUGACCCUGCUGGUUACAACGAAGCUGGUGGCAAAGCUGGUGCUGAAGCUGAUGAGAAUGCGGGUGUGAGCCAGACUAGAGAGAACGAUGCCAUUGUGAGCGAGUUUAGUGACUCCGACUGGAGUGACAGCUCCACAUAGUGGCUCUACUGCUGGCCACACAUCCAAAAUGCUCAGCAGCUGAAGCCUGUAGCCUUGCAAAGUGAGGGGCGAUCAUGUUCGAGAUGGCAAAGCGAAGGGGCAGGUUUGAAAAAGA